AGUUCGCAAGACAGGACCGGCGGUACCCGCUAAUGGAAACAGCACCAGCGCGAAAGACUGUUUGCUGUCAAGUAUCACGUGUCCAAGCGUAACACUCACUCACAUGGAGAAGUUGCUACGGCAUGUGGCAGUGAGUCGGGGUGCAUCUAUCCGAAUGUACAGCACUCUAUUAUGGUUUUAAAUAAUGUUUUACCAAUCAGAGCUUUGAUGUCAAUUCGACUGAGCACAACUAGCCACGAUGCACGUCACUAUCAGAAUGGGAACACGUGUGGGCAGGUGCAACACUUCGUUUCAGUGAGGGAAUCUCUUUUGGCUGGGCAGAGAGUAGUCAAUUUGGGACAGACCACUGAGCUGUAGGCUGUUUGUGUACAACACACACACACAGAACUGAGGGAAAGCUAUUCAGUACCGGUAUAUCCUUUGGAACAAAUAUACCAGAUAUACCAAAUGCAGUGAUUGUAAUUUCAGACGUUUGAAAGAAAGACAGGUCGAGGUUUGCUUGACGCGGGACGGCAGUUUUCACCGACGGCGUUAAUAACCCCAACAUCUUAAACGACAUUUCGGCGGCACCUGAGACUGAAAGCACACAUAUGCGAGCUGCAAGCCUGACCGCCCCGCUCGGAAUUUAACUACGUUCCGACCCGUGGAAUGAGGACCGCACACGGAGGUAGGGCUGUGUGAAAACCGAAUUCGGACGAUCCUGACAGUCCCUACCAUCUGCGGCUCAGGCGGGACGAGAACCACACUGAAAACGUUAACCGCCGCCUGAGCAUCCGACCAUGGAUCCAGUGGCGGACACGAGCGGCACCAUGUCGAAAAAGAUGGUGAUUGCCAAAAUCUUCAAAGUUCGAAAGAGAAGAGAAAUGCUCUUCGUACAAGUCUGUUUCAUCUGCAGUAUUCUCCUUGCGGCGUGGUGUAUGUCUGCGCUCCUCACAAAAACAGGGCAUGGGCUGGUGAUGCCGGAAGGGGCAUUCGUGCCCUCGGACCACUUGGGCCGGAGGCUGAUGGCAACAGCGGGCGACAACGAGACGGAGGAGAAGAACUGCACAGAACCAUCCAUCCAUGAGUUCCCAGAGGACGUGUUCACCAUCAAACAGCGCGCACAAGGAGCCAUCGCUCUGCACAUAUUUGCAGCACUCUAUAUGUUCCUGGCGUUGGCCAUAGUCUGUGAUGACUACUUUGUGACGUCUCUGGAGAAGAUAUGUGAGAAACUGCACCUGAGUGAAGAUGUGGCAGGAGCCACCUUCAUGGCCGCCGGGAGUUCAGCCCCAGAACUAUUUGCUUCUAUUAUAGGUGUGUUCAUCACACAUGGAGAUGUGGGGGUGGGCACUAUCGUGGGGUCGGCUGUGUUUAACAUCCUGUGCAUCAUUGGCGUGUGUGGCAUCUUCGCCGGGCAGGUGGUGUUCCUGACCAAGUACGCAGUGUUCCGAGACUCCUUCUACUACACUCUCUCUGUGGUGGCUCUCAUUAUUUUCAUAUAUGAUGAAAAGAUAGUGUGGUGGGAAAGCCUGAUCCUAGUGGUCAUGUAUGUAGGCUACAUUCUCAUCAUGAAGUUCAACACCAGUAUUCAUGACUUCUUCUGCGGGGAGGACAAGGGUGUAGCGAACGGCAACACGGUGCUUAACGAGAUGGAGGAUGGUAAUGAUUGUUAUCAGGCUUUUUUGGAUGACCCAUCAUGGCCUCUCCUGUCUAAAGUGAAGCCCACAAAGACGUACAGCCGCGGCUCCGUGGUCAUGGUGGACGAGAUGAUCAGCUCCAGCCCGCCCCACUACCGCUUCCCCGAGGCGGGCCUGCGCAUCAUGAUCACCAAUCACUUCGGGCCCAAGACCCGCCUGCGCAUGGCCAGUCGCCUGAUUAUCAACGAGCAACAGCGGCUGGAGCAGGUGUCAAACGGGAUGGAUGGCACAGCGGUGGGCGACGGCAAAGCAGACGCCCUGGAGAACGGCUCGGUACCCGAGGACAAGCUGGCAGAGGAGGCGGAGGAGGGGGAGCUGUCAUCUCCUUUCAGUGUGCCAGGGGGCGCCAUGAACAAGUUGAAGUGGUUCAUCUGUUGGCCGAUCCUGCUGCUGCUGUACUUCACGAUCCCCAACUGUGCCAAACCCCGCUGGGAGCGCUUCUUCAUGCUGUCCUUCGGUCUCUCCACCGUCUGGAUCGCCGUCUUCUCCUACUUCAUGGUCUGGAUGGUCACCAUCAUUGGCUAUACUCUGGGAAUCCCUGACGUCAUCAUGGGCAUCACGUUCUUGGCUGCUGGCACCAGUGUGCCCGACUGCAUAGCCAGCCUCAUUGUGGCGCGCCAAGGUUUGGGAGACAUGGCGGUCUCCAACACCAUCGGCAGUAAUGUCUUUGAUAUCUUAGUGGGUCUCGGGGUCCCGUGGGCGAUCCAGACUAUGGCUGUCGACUACGGUUCUGCGGUUCAGAUCAACAGCAAAGGGCUGGUGUACUCAGUGGUGUUGUUACUCGGAUCAGUAGGGCUGACUGUUCUGGCGAUCCACGUGAACAGGUGGAAGCUGGACUUCAAGCUGGGCGUGUACGUGAUGGUCCUCUACGUCAUCUUCCUCUGCUUCUCCAUCUUGAUCGAGUACAACGUCUUCACCUUCGUCAACCUGCCCAUGUGCACGGACGAUCAGUAGGUCCUAGAGGGCUUGGCCUAGGCGGUGGCGGCUGGUGUGGGUGUGUGUGUGUGUGUGGGGGGAGGGGGAGGCGGGGUGUGCUGGAAUGCAUCCAAGCAGCUCCAACCCUUUCACCACCACCUCCCUCUCUUCUCAGAGUCAGCAUCAGGAACACACCCACACUUGGUCAUCCAACCUGGCAGCUCCUGCUUGGAACAAAACAACAACAAAAACAACAACAACAAAAACAACAACAUCAAAUACAGAAAAAGAAUAGGGGUGCAGUUACUUUUUUUCUUGUUUGAGAGACCUCUGUUUUUUUUUUUGUUUUAUCUACCGUGAUUGGUCAGAACUGAAACUCUUUUACGACUAACAGGCAGCGGUGCCGUUGGACGGGAAGCUUUUUAGAUUCGGAGCGUGUGGAUUUUUCUUCGAGCGCCCUCUUGGAACCAUGCCUACAUGUUCUCUCUUUCAUGACUUCUCCUUCCUCCUCUUCUUCGCCUGUCUCCUCUCCUCCUCUCCACGGCUUGCGUCUCUCUCUUCACCAGCCCUCUCUCCUCUCCACGGCUCCGU